AUGGCCUUCCGCUUCGCUCAAAGGCCAGUCAAUUCACUGGACUCUGCCCCCCCCUACGAUCUCCGAAGCCAUCAUCGAAAACCACGCCGGCUUCAUCCGCGUCCCAGUCGGCAUACCAUGAUGUUCAUUGCUUGCGGACAAGACGCUGGAAGUGUUGCGAAAAGCGCUUGGGCGCAUCUCAGCACCACUUUGAAUCAGGAGACGAAGAAUCUCAAGUUGAGUCUCUUCUUCCCAAGUCUGCCUGUGGGCAUUGUGGGUGGAGGAGCCAUAUAUGCAUCGCAGAAAGCGAGUCUAGAGUUGUUGAAGUGUCGCGGUCCGGGGAGCAAGAGGAAACUGGCAGGUCUGGUGACGUGCUUCUCUAUGGCGUUGGGUACCAGUGCGGCGGCGGCGAUUGCGAGUGGAGGGUUUACAAAUGCGCAUAAGAUACUUGCGAGGGAUAAGGUGGAUAAGAGCAAGCUAUAG